AUGUUAUGUUUCACGGAGUCAGCAGAACAGCACAGUAUGACAACGCACAAGGAGACAAAAGGAAGCCAGGAGAUUGGGGAGGCCGCUGAGUGCGGGGUCUUCUGGGAUAGCUACUUCCAUGUGCAAACGACUCAGACCUGUAACUUCACCAACAAGACAGACCCGCUCCCGGUGGAUAGGAUACGCUUCUGGUCAUCAAUUCCACUCUCCUUUCUCGCAGCCGUCUUUAAUCUGCUGACAUUCCUUCUGCUCAUCCGAGUGUCUCGAAUUCUGACUCAUCCGCGACGUCCGGAGAGUGGUCAUCAGAUAGUGUCCGAACAGAUGUUGUCAUCUCGAUGGGAACGACGCCAAAAGACAAUGCACAUCGGCCUUAUCAUAUUCUGCUUCUUUGAAACUAUCUGUCAUGUGGCUCUCUCUGCGGGACAAGGUCUCCACCUCUAUAUUUGGGACAAACUUGCAUGCAAGCCAUUUGCACCGCCAGUAAAUGGGACGUUUACGCCAGAACUGACUAUCCUCCCAGUCCUGGGCAGCCUUCUCAACUGGUUGCGUGACGGUGGCAUCUGUAGUCGCAACUGGACCAUCACAAUCAUUACCUUGACCCGGGCUGAGAUUGUGGUCUGGCCCCUGGCCACUCAAACCUACCAACGUUGUCUCCGCAGGCGUCGGAUAUUUUUCGUCCUGCUUUCCCUGUUUAUUCUGCUGUCUUUUCUGUUGAGCGGGUUUCGAAGAGUGGAUCGCGAGUUUGUAGUCUGUUACAGCGAACUGCUUCGAUCCUACUGCAUCUGGGACCGUCCAUUUUUGGAGAAUUUAAACUUCCAGACUGUCUACUUCACCUUCCAGACCAUCGUGCCCUGGUUGCUCAUCCUCGUCGCCACGAUCGUGAUUGUUAUCCAUCUUAAAGCUGUAAGAGAUCCACUACCAAGACGCAACAGCCGUCAGGCCUGGUCGUCUGCUCGAAGGGCAGCCUUUCAGCGGGCAUCCUACUCUGUCUUCUUUUUGGCCCUCCUGUUCACCAUCUGCGAAUUUCCCACAUUUGCAAUGUUUGUUUACUACAUCCUAGGUGACCCGGAUGCGGAUAUGUUCUUUUGGGAUACAGCCGCACUCAUUUUCCUGCAAGUUGACUCCCUAUCAAAUUUUUUUCUGCUAGUUCUUACAAUGCCGACACUAAGACGUCUUUUGCACUGCAAGACCUGCUUGUUUCGAUGCAAGUGA